AUGAAAGUUGAUACUCGGGUCCAUAGGGGAGGUCAUCGGCGAAUUGUUCCCAGUAACUCCGAAGGCAAAUGCUAUGCAUGGGAUGACAGAGCAACUUGUUAUGGCCGAGGACAAGGCGUUGCGACAAUAGUAUUAAAACGCCUCGACGCUGCGUUGAAAGAUGUAGAUUUCGUCCAUGCAGCGAUUCGACACUUGGGAUCUGGUCAGGACGGGAAAAACAGCUCUGCUUAUAUGGAAGCACAACUGAAACUCAUAAAAGAAUGCUACAACCGCGCAAGCCUUGAUGUAACAGAGACUGGUUAUGUUGAAGCCCACAUGACGGGUAUUCCCACCGGAGAUCUGAUCGAGGUGGAGGCUCUUGCGCGUACGUUUGGUAAGUCUAGAAAAGCAGAUGAUCCAGUCAUUGUUGGCUCAGUAAAAAUCAAUUUCGGGUGCACUGAACCGGUCAUUGCUGCCAUCAUCAAGACUACAUUCAUCCUUCGACACGGUCUUAUUCCACCUAACCUAAACUACAAGAACACAACCCAAAGAUCCCCAUCAAGGAUUGGAAAUUACAGCUUAGCGCUCUCAACACAAUUCUUGCAGCUGUUACUUAGAGAUAAACCUAUGCGAGCUUCCAUCAACAACUUUGGAUAUGGUGACUCAAACACUCAUCUCUUCAUGGAGCGCGCUCCUAGCAGUCGACUUCAAGACGUGAGUCGCAACGGAAUCUCUAGAAACCCUGUCGCAAGUCGUAUCUACAUUGUCAGUUCCAAAGAUUCGAUGGUCAAUCAAGACGCAAGUAAAAGACUGGCAGCUUGUAUCCACGACUCGAUAUCGAAUAGCAAAGAGUUAUCACCAGCAGACCUUGCGUAUAAUUUAGCGAAACGAAAAUCUCGCUUCUCGCGUGCAGUGGAGAUUAUGUAA